AUGCGCGCCGCAUCGACGAAGCGAUGCACGGUCGUGGCGGAGCCCACCCGCGUCGGGCUCGCAUCUAUACAGAGAUGUGUAGCCGUCGCUGAGGCACCUCAGCGUAGGUGUCCUCCUGCUGUAGAGCAUGAGUCUAUCGUGACUAAAUCUAAGAAUGACACCCCAUUUUUCCCUGCCAGUGUUAGGGGAACCCCCGAACAGUUGACAGUGGAAUUGCAUAGUGUUUCUCCUUUGAAUUUGAUAAGUGAGUCUACUGCUGAUUUCUUUGGCCUUGAAGUUGUAAUCGAUACGUUUGGUUACAGUGACUAUGUUGACCCUGAAGUGUCAUUUGCCUUACCAUCUGGUAUUGUUGGCAUUACAUCUUUUUCUCUUUUCUAUGAUGGAUGUGAGUUGUAUUAUGAUGGUUUCGUGGUUGAAGACAGUGUGGUGAACUUUGAUGUGAUGGCUGGGGCUCCCUUUAUGGAGAAGAAUGAUGUUUCCAUUCGACCUUCUAAACGCCAAAUCAUGUUUGGGGACUACCAUACUUUUUCUUACAUGUCAUCAUCUGAUCAGUUUCCCCAAUCUAGUCCCACUAGUAUGAAUGAGUUAGAUGAGCUGGAUUGUGCAGUGGGUAUGAUAACGCAAGGAUCUGAGAGUGAGUGCAAACACACUAAUCCUGGAUUUGACAGUGAGUGUAAACACACUCUUCCACUAAAUGACUGUUCUCAAGUAUACAGAGAGAUCAUGGAUGUUGGGUGUAAUGUAGAGGUGAAUGAGACUGAAGCUGAGCAUCCACACAUUCACAAGUCCAAUGACAAUGAUAACAUACACAAUGAGGUCAUGGAUGUCGAGUGUAGUGUUGGAGAGAAUGAGACUGAAGCUGACCGUUUACACACUCGCAAGUCCAAUGACAUUAAUAACAUACACAAUGAGGUCAUGGAUGUUGAGUGUAAUGUAGAGGUGAAUGAGACUGAAGCUGACCAUCCGCACAUUCACAAGUCCUAUGACAAUAACAUGCACAGUGAGUUCGGAUUGAUGACCAGUGUGGAGACUGAAAGUGUUAUGACUGAGUAUGAUGUUGGAAACCCAGACUUGGGAUUUACGUCACCACUACGUGAGUCGAAGAUGGAUGGUGAGAUUGGUGAGACGUUGAGUGAAAGCGUUGAGAUAGUGACAGUCACAGAAUCCAAAAGCUGUAAGCCUGCUGUGAGUACUGACGAUAAUUGCUGUGAUCGCGCUAAGCUAUGCGUAAAGACAGUAGGUGCAGUUGGGUCACAUUACAAUUGUCAUCUAAAACAUGAACAUGAUAUUAGUUGCAGCGGUGACCUAUCGUGUGUAAAGGUCGUAGGUGAAAUUAGGUCACAUAACAACAAUCAGGAAAAUUACCAACAUACACAAUUUUACAGUGUUCCUGAUACUGAGCCUAGCUCUGCAUCUGGUGUUCCUGGUACUGAGCCUAGCUCUGUUGUUCCUGAUACUGAGCCUAGCUCUGGCAUUCCUGAUACUGAGCCUAGCUCUGGUGUUCCUGAUACUGAGCUUAGCUCUGUUGUUCCCGACACUGAGCCUACAUGUAGCUAUGGCGUUCUUGAUACUGAGCCUAGCUCUGGUGUUCCCGGUACUGAGCAUAGCUCUGGCAUUCCCGGUAACGAGCCAAGCUUUGACAUUCCUGAUACUGAGCUUAGCUCUAAUACUAAGCCUUCCUGUAGUGUCUUGGUAAUGAGCCUUACGUUAGCUCUCUUGUGUCUUGUCGUGAACAUAGCUCUAGUGGUAGUAUGCUCUUGUUUCAUCGCUACUCAUGUUUCGGAAGCGGAGCCUAGCCUUGCUGUUGCAGGUUAUGUACACAGUGCUGACAUCACUUCAAUAGAGCAUUGUGCCAUCAUUCGAUCGCUUUCGCAUGACCUUUAUUCUCCUUUCGCUACAGUAGAGAACCGUAUUCGCGAAAUCCAUGAUCGGCUUGAAAACCGAACCGCUGACUACCCGUCAGACAUAGAGUACGUCGAUGAGAGUAUCCGCAGUACAGAUCGUUAUUUCGGUUUCGUUCGUUGUACACGUGAUCAUGAUAUGCCCAGACAUGUUUGUGGUGUCUGCAACACAGAUCGUUUUCGGCAUUUCGGCUUCGUUCAUUGUACACGCGAUCAUGAUAUGCCCCGGCAUGUUCGUGGUGAGCCGUGUCACCGCACAGACGCUUACCUUGAUAUUGCGCCGUGUUCCUCUCUCAUCAAUAGUAACCAUCACUUUACGAGUCUCUUACCUUAUGAGGUGUUCUAUGGAUGCACAGCUUACAUGCAUUCUGUAGCUAGUAUCAUCUGGUCGCCCUACAUGGACUGUAUAGCUUAUAGUACAAUAGACAAGGAUUUGGCACCUUGCGUUUGUCCCAAGACGCCUACUCUCCUACGGAAUCCUGCUGAUCGAUUGAUAUUGCCUGUUGUCCAUCACGCUACUGAUCCUGAUGUGAUUUUGCUGCUAUCUUACCUGUGUGACUACAUCUGUUCUGGUAACAAGUCCUCUGCAUAUGAUGUCAUGACUAGUCUUCCCACCUCACUGCUCUUUGAGGACGGAAAAGCGGCCCACAGUAGCACACCCUUACUCCAUGUUCACGGAAGUUCGUCACGCACCGUAUUACCGGUGUCCGACCCAGUCCGUACCCCUGCUGUUGUUGAUCAGCCCUUGAGGAUCCAACCCCCCGUUGGAUCUUGGCCUAGAUGCGUCGCGACCAUUGAACACCAGGAUUGGCUUCUAUGGACUUGUGGACCUCGCCCACCGUCGCCCUUUUCUGAUGGAACUCGCAUGAUCCCCAAUCCCAUGAUGGACCUCGCAUGAUUCCCUACCCCUGAUGGAACUCACUUUUCUGGUCGGAGUGUGGUUGUCAUGCGACCUUGGCUUUCUGGACUCUUUCAGGCUCAUAUGAUGACUUCGCACACAACAACGGUUUUCGCCGUGUUUGGUGACUGCCCCAUGGGCUUUAAGUUUUUUCCCGCUUCAGCAUGCACGGUGGUC